UUUCAGUUACAAAAGAAGUAAACAACUUGCAGCAACCCAAAAAACCAAACCAAAAAAAAAAAAAGGGGGGUUACUUUGGGAGGGGGCAGAAGCAGUAACCAGAAAGGAAUAGACAUAACUCAAUUGGCAAGCAAACUUUAUGAGCCCAAUCUGCUGCUAGCCAUGUGCAAAAAGCGUACACAAAACCAAUAAAACCCAUGCAGAUGAGAUGGGUAUCACUAGGGGGUUGGUUAGGAUCGUCUUCACAAAAAAUCGCUCUGCUGGGGUUCCUGACAGCCAUGCAAAGAGCAAUGUGAUAGAAAGGAAAAGAUGGAACUCUGUUAGAUCAUACUUGUGUGGGGAUGAAUAUAAUUCAGUUCUUGCAGAGGAGGAUUCAGCUUCAGUUAAGAGUUCCGGGGUUACUGUAACACAGUUCAAUUCAAACCUUGAAGAGGAGGAUUCAGGCUCGGUUAGGAGCUCUGAAGCUACUGUUACUCAGCCUUUACCAGCGGACUUGGCUGCUAAGGAUGGAGUUCAAGGAGAUGAAGAAGCCAAGGAAGAUAUACAAGUACAGAAGCAUGACAGCUCGGUCUCCAAAAUAAUGCAUGAAGAUCAAGCUGCAGUAACCAUCCAAUCAGCAUUUAGAGGAUUUCUGGUUAGGUGUAAAAGUGAAGGAAACAGGUCAAAGGGUGGUGAAGAGGAGACCGUUAAUGGAGUGGAAAGUCCAAAUAGGGAGUCUCUUGGCACGUCAAUUGAAGUCCAAACUGGAAAUUCAGUGGAAAUUCCCUCAGCUCAAGAAGAAAGAAUGGCUGUUCAUAACCGAACAUACAAGAAAGCCAGAACUCAAGUUACGAAGCUAAAGGAAGAUUGGGAUGAUAGCACCGUGAGUAGCAACAUAUCAAAAAUGAGAAUCCAGAACAGACUGGAGGCAACCACCAGGCGUGAGAGAGCACUAGCUUAUGCUUUUUCGCAGCAGCUAAGAAUAUGUUCAAAGAAAAGACAAGCUAAGUCGGAUGGUACAGAGCCUGACAUGGGCUGGAGCUGGCUAGAACGAUGGAUGGCAACACGCCUCCCGGAGAGCUCCUCAGUUGAAAGCCGGAUAAACAUGCAAAUGGAACCAAGUAAAUGCAAACAAAAGUUCAUGAUAAGCAAAAAACUUUUUGAUGUAGCAGUUGAAGAAAAAGAAAGCUGUGGAUCAAAUGAAGUUUCUGUCUCAUUUGAUAGCUUUUCAGUUGGAGCAGCAAAAGGGAAAGAUGGCCUUGAGCCUAGUUAUAGGUUUAAGGCUACAAGAACUGUGUCGAGGAGAAAAUCUGCUCCUGACUGUCAGUAUGCAAGAGGUCAUGUCAAGGUAAGCAAGAAGGAUUAUUAUUCAAGAGAGGCUGAAAAAGAGAAAAAGCACAAAGCAAAAAGCAAGCAGCUAGAAUCCAAUGCAAAUGUGCUUCAUCUUGAAGAUUAAUGAUAUCCUCCAUCUUCGUGGAAUAAAAGUUUCCUUUCACUGCUUCGAAUGCAUUUUGUUAUUUCAUAAUAAUUAAGUGAAUUCCUUUGUAUACCUCAUGAAUCAAAAUCAUUCUCUUAUUUGAGUAAAUUCAAUGGGCAUUAACCAGGACCACCGAGUUAACAAAGUUA